GGUCGAGGAUGCGGAGAGUAGUGUGAAAUACUACAUCAAUGUAUGCGAGCGUGUGGAUAGUGAUGAUGAUAGCAUGGAGUGUGGGCGUAGUGGGGGGGUCUGUAUGCAGAAGGUGACAGCAGAGGGUACCGCUGAAGAGGCUACUAACAUGGGCGCGGCCAAUGGCAAUGUGUUGUAUGAGAAUGGAAUCAUCGCACUGAAGUACACCAAUGGCGACCCGUGCCCCACCGACAGCACCAAAGAGCGGAGCACGCAGAUUACAUUUGUGUGCAACAAACACACAGUCCGAAAACCCUUGAACACCCCAAAUCCAGGCACAGGACAGCCCCGCCUGGUCCUCAAUGACCUAGACUGCACACUCGGGUUCAUCUGGGAAACUGUGCACGCGUGCUCGGAUGUGGAUGCGAGUGUGGAGUGUGCGUUUACAAGCACGUUCAGUGGCAUGCCGUAUGACCUGUCUCCGUUGACUGAGCCCGAGGGUGCGUGGGAGGUGACAGAUCCAGCGACUGAGUACAAGUACUACCUGAAUGUGUGCCAAGGCAUCAGCAACGUGCACGCGGGGGCCCAGGGCUGCCCGGUGAACGCAGGUGCGUGCGAGACCUCACCCACAGACGACUCCUUCAGACCACUCAACCUCGGCCGUAUAGUGAGCCGUCCCUCAGUGAAUAACGAAGGUCUUGUGGAGAUACGCUACAUGCAUGGCAGUCAAUGCCACGACCAUCACUACCACAGGCAGACCCUCAUACUGUUUGAGUGUGAUGAAAGUGCUGGUAGAGGCGCACCCGAGUUUGUCAGCGAGUCGGAACAUUGCGAGUACGUGUUCCGCUGGAAGACUAAGGCAGCUUGUCCGCUAAGUGCAAGUGUCAUCGACCACUCAGAGAACUGCAAGAUCGAACACCCCGUGACAGGCCAUGUGUACGACCUCACAUCCAUGGCAACAGGCAACCCCUACAGGUUCUACCGUGAUGGGUAUGUAUAUCACAUGUCUAUGUGCGGCCCAUUAAUUGAGACCUUUGGGUGUCCUCCUGGAGUGGCCCUGUGCCAAACAAAAAGGACCAAUAGUGACCCCGAAGGCGAAUACCACGAGCCCUUGGGGUACUCAGCCAAGACAUCUCUUAUGUUUGCCGGAGGUGCCGUGUCCAUGCUCAUGUCCGGGGGCGGUGACUGCCAGGCCCAGCACGAAGGUGUCACGCUACAGAAGAGUGUUGUGGUAAAAUUUGUGUGUGAUCCGGAUAAACAGAUAGGCACACCAGCAAUGUACUCAAUAACCAACACGUGCGAAUACACACUCACCUGGCACACCAAUCUCGUGUGCUACGACCCUGAUAGCGACGUUGAGGCUGUUGAGGAGGCGUGCAAACCCUACACCGACAGCGCCGACGGUCACCGUUACGACCUGUCCAUUCUGAACGACCACAACUUAAACGGUUACGCAAAGGAGUGGGGUGGUUGGGAAGCAAAGCACUCCACAAGCACGCACACCGAGGUGUUCUACGUGUCUGUAUGUGAGCCACUUACUACGGGCAAAUGUGGAGGGGGUGAUAAGGGGGGCGUGGGGGUGUGUAGGGUGGCCGCAGAUGGGACCAGUGAGAGUAUAGGACAGGUGCAGGGCCAGACGAUGAGUGUGACGAGUGACGGACAGAUUGAGUUGUUGUAUACGUCGGAUACGCCGUGUGGGAGGGAAGCUGUCAUGCGUCGAUAUGCGGCCAGUUAUCCCGUAGGUCGUAUAUUCUGUCGCAAAUUGGUUGACGACAUGCGGCUAGUAUAG